GGAGACAACAUCACGAGUGCGGAGGUCCAAGACAAAGAGUUUGCAGGAUUUGUUUAUUGUUCUGUUUGCUGCUAAGUUUUUAAAUUGUGUCUUUAAACUGAUUAUUUUUUUUUUUAAUCCUUCGGAUCUAUGCUAAUUCCAAGUGGAACAUCAAUAUACGACAUUUAAAGUAGAAAAAAGGAAUGUAUUAUUUCUUAGAGAAAGUAUUAACACUUCUGAUGUCACUGGCCGCUAUAGGACAAGGUUUGCGAUGUUCUCUGCCCACUGAGUCGUGCCUGAACGGAGGGAGGUGCAUCGCCUCCCCACAUGGCGAUGGAGAGUGCAGGUGUAUGGAGAGUUUUGUUGGGAACAGGUGCCAGUUUUCUAACCCUUGUAGCUAUUCUCCUUGCAAAAACGGUGGUACGUGUCGAGCGGUCAUUCAUGAGAACACAGUAGACUUCACCUGCGCCUGCCACCUGGGAUUUUCUGACCGCUUCUGCCUGACACCAACCAACAAUGUAUGUAUGAGCUCCCCCUGCAGGAAUGGAGGAACUUGCGAGCUGAUUAGUCUCAAGGAGUAUAAAUGCCGCUGUCCUCCAGGCUGGUCAGGUAAACUGUGCCAGCAGGCAGACCCCUGUGCUGCUAACCCUUGUGCCAAUGGUGGCCAGUGCACUCCCCUUGAAUCUCACUACAUCUGCACCUGCACCCCAUUUUUCACAGGGCAGACAUGCAAGCAAGAUGUCAAUGAAUGUGCCCUCAGCCCUUCCCCAUGCAAAAAUGGCGGGGUGUGUGUGAACCAGUUUGGCUCCUACCACUGCAGCUGUCCUCAGGAGUACACAGGUGCACAUUGUGAGGUUCCCUACAUGCCCUGCAGCCCCUUGCCUUGCCAUAAUGGGGGUACAUGUGUCCAAAAAGGAGAUGCCACUUACGAAUGCAUCUGUCUGCCAGGCUUCACAAGUCAAAACUGUGAGCACAACAUUGAUGACUGUCCAGAGCACCGCUGUCAGAAUGGUGGGACAUGUGUUGACGGAGUGAAUACCUAUAAUUGCCAGUGUCGACCUGAGUGGACAGGCCAAUUCUGCACAGAGGAUGUGGAUGAGUGUCAGCUUAUGCCUAAUGCAUGCCAAAAUGGUGGAACUUGCCACAACACUCAUGGUGGGUAUCACUGUGUUUGUGUGAAUGGCUGGACCGGUGAUGACUGCAGCGAGAACAUAGAUGACUGUGCUAAUGCGGCCUGUUACCAUGGUGCUACCUGUCAUGAUCGGGUGGCCUCCUUCUUCUGUGAGUGUCCUCACGGCCGUACAGGACUGUUAUGUCAUUUGGAUGAUGCAUGUAUCAGUAACCCAUGUCAGCGAGGCUCUAACUGUGACACCAACCCUGUUAAUGGAAAAGCCAUUUGCACUUGUCCCUUGGGCUAUUUUGGCUCUGCCUGUGACCAGGAUGUUGAUGAAUGCUCCCUUGGUGGCAACCCCUGUGAACAUGGAGGAAAAUGCCUGAACACCAAGGGCUCCUUUCAGUGUCGAUGCCUGCAGGGCUAUUCAGGGCCGCGUUGUGAAAUGGAUGUCAACGAGUGCCUUUCCAACCCUUGCAAGAAUGAUGCUACCUGCCUAGACCAGAUAGGUGGCUUCCAUUGCAUCUGCAUGCCAGGGUAUGAAGGAGUGUUCUGUGAAGUCAACACAGAUGAGUGUGCCAGCAUGCCCUGCCUGAACAAUGGGAAGUGUGUGGACAGGAUCAACACCUUCCACUGCGAGUGCCCCACAGGGUUUUCUGGAAAUCUGUGCAACGUGGACUUUGAUGAGUGUGCCAGCACACCCUGCAAAAAUGGGGCCAAGUGCACAGAUGGACCUAAUAAGUACACCUGUGAGUGUGCUGAAGGAUAUACUGGGCAACAUUGCGAGACCGAUAUCAAUGAGUGUUACUCAGACCCAUGUCAUUAUGGGACCUGCAAAGACGGCCUUGCCUCCUUCACCUGUAACUGUUGGCCUGGCUAUGUCGGGCGCCUAUGUGAGACCAACGUCAACGAGUGUUUGAGUCAGCCAUGUCAGAAUGGGGGCAUCUGCCAGGACAGAGAAAACACAUAUGUCUGUACAUGCCCAAAGGGCACCACAGGAUUAAACUGUGAAAUCAACCUUGAUGACUGCAAGAGCAAACUGUGCGAUUAUGGGACGUGCAUAGACAGGAUUGAUGGAUACGAGUGUGCCUGUGAGCCUGGCUACACGGGAGCAACGUGCAACAUCGACAUUGAUGACUGUGCUCCCAACCCGUGUCACAAUGGGGGCACCUGUGUUGAUGGCAUCAACAGUUUCAAGUGUGAUUGCCCUGAAGGGUAUAAUGAUGCCACAUGUCUCUAUCAGGUCAAUGAGUGCAUCAGUAACCCUUGUAUUCAUGGAUACUGUGAAGAUGAAGUCAAGAGCUAUAAAUGUGUUUGUGACUUGGGAUGGAGUGGCAUAAAUUGUGAAAUCAACAAUAAUGAGUGCGAAUCAAACCCCUGUAUGAAUGGAGGUACCUGCAAGGAUAUGACUGCUGCCUAUGUCUGCAUCUGCCCUAUGGGUUUCAGUGGUCCAAACUGCCAAACUAACAUCAAUGAGUGUGCCUCUAACCCAUGCCUGAAUCAAGGGACCUGCAUUGAUGACGUGGCUGGCUACAAGUGCAAUUGCUUGCUACCAUAUACUGGAGAGAACUGUCAGAAAGUAAUGGCUCCAUGCAGCUCAAAACCUUGUAAAAAUGGAGGAGUUUGCCAGGCAUCAGAGGACUACAGGAGCUUCUCCUGUGUAUGCCCCGAAGGAUGGCAAGGGCAAACAUGUGAAGCCGACAUCAAUGAGUGUGUAAAAAAUCCUUGUCACAACGGUGCCACAUGCCAAAACAUGAUUGGUGGCUACCGGUGCAGCUGCAAGCCUGGGUUUACUGGUCCAAUCUGUGAGACAAACAUUGAUGACUGCAAGCCCAAUCCUUGCAGCAAUGGUGGUUUCUGCAAAGAUGAGGUCAACAAUUUUGUGUGCACUUGCCUGCCUGGCUUCCGUGGCCAAAAAUGUGAGGAGGACAUCAAUGAGUGUAACAGUAACCCAUGUAAGAAUGGAGCUAACUGCACUGACUGUGUUAACAGCUACACCUGCACUUGUCCGGCUGGUUUCAGUGGCAUUCGCUGUGAGAACAACACGCCUGAUUGCACAGAGAGUUCCUGCUUCAAUGGUGGGACAUGUGUCGAUGGGAUCAACAGCUUCACCUGCUUGUGCCCACCUGGCUUUACAGGCAACUAUUGCCAGCAUGAUAUCAAUGAAUGUGACUCCAGACCCUGUUUGAAUGGGGGCACUUGCCUAGACACUUAUGGAACCUACAAGUGCACCUGUCCCCAGGGUUACACAGGGCCAAACUGUCAGAACCUGGUACGCUGGUGUGAUUCAUCCCCCUGUAAGAAUGCUGGCACCUGCUGGCAGACUGGCAUCUCAUACAGCUGUGAAUGUCAGAGUGGCUGGACUGGACUCUACUGUGAUGUACCAAGUGUCUCCUGUGAUGUGGCAGCCAAACAGCAAGGACUGGAUGUGGCUCAACUGUGUAAGAAUUCUGGGCAGUGUCUGGAUACUGGCAACACCCACUACUGUCAUUGCCAAGCAGGGUAUACAGGCAGCUAUUGUGAGGAACAGGUGGAUGAAUGCAGCCCCAAUCCUUGUCAAAAUGGUGCCAUCUGCACAGACUAUCUGGGAGGAUACACCUGCGAGUGCGUGCCGGGGUACCAUGGGGUGAACUGCUCCAAGGAGAUCAAUGAGUGCCUCUCCUACCCCUGCCAAAAUGGAGGCACCUGUAUCGACCUAAUCAAUACCUACAAGUGCUCCUGCCCCCGAGGGACACAAGGUGUCCACUGUGAAAUUAACAUGGAUGACUGCACACCAUUUGUUGACCCCAUCACUCACGAGCCCAAGUGCUUCAACAAGGGCAAGUGUGUGGACCGUGUUGGUGGCUACAGCUGCAUUUGUCCACCAGGGUACGUGGGAGAGCGCUGUGAGGGGGAUGUUAAUGAGUGCCUUUCUAACCCCUGUGACCCACGAGGCACCCAGAACUGCAUUCAGCUCACAAACAACUAUCACUGCGAAUGUAGGAUGGGCUACACAGGGAAGCACUGUGAAGCAGUGUUUGAUGGCUGUCAGGGCAAGCCCUGUCACAAUGGAGGUACUUGUGCUGUAGCAAGCAACACUCCACGGGGUUUCAUCUGCAAAUGCCCAGCAGGCUACAAUGGUUCUACCUGUGAGAAUGAUGCUCGUUCCUGUGGCAGCCUGCACUGUCAAAAUGGGGGAACUUGUAUUUCAGGGCACAAGAGCCCAAAAUGUCUAUGUACUGAAGCCUUCACGGGGCCUGAAUGUCAGUACCCAGUGGACAGCCCCUGCAAUUCUAACCCCUGCUACAAUGGGGGCACUUGCCAGUAUAUGGUUGAGACACAUUUAUACCACUGCAUUUGCCCCAUGAACUUCAAUGGUCUUCUCUGUCACAUCCUUGACUACACCUUCUUGGGGGGAUUUGGGCGGGAUAUCACACCCCCACCUGAGAUCUCGGUGAGCUGUGAGAUUGCACAGUGUGAGGAGCGCCGGGGCAACAAAAUCUGUGACAGCUUGUGUAAUAAUCAUGCUUGUGGCUGGGAUGGUGGGGACUGCUCGCUCAACUUUGACGACCCCUGGCAGAACUGCACAGCCUCACUGCAGUGCUGGAGAUACUUCAAUGAUGGCAAAUGUGAUGAGCAGUGCAACAGUGCUGGCUGCCUGUACGAUGGAUUUGACUGCCAAAGCAUGGAGGGCCAGUGCAACCCACUUUAUGACCAGUAUUGUAAGGACCACUACGCAGAUGGUCAUUGUGACCAGGGUUGCAACAAUGCAGAGUGCGAGUGGGAUGGCCUGGAUUGUGCCAACAAUAUGCCAGAGAAGCUGGCAGAAGGGAGUCUGGUGCUGGUAGUGCAUAUUCUACCAGAACAGUUGAAGAACAACUCCUUUGGUUUUCUGCGUGAAUUAAGCCGAGUACUACACACCAAUGUGGUUUUCCGCAAGGACAGCCACGGAGGUCCAAUGAUCUACCCCUAUUAUGGCAGCCAGCAGGAACUGAAGAAGCAUAAUAUCAAACGUUCAGUAGACACCUGGACCCAGAUCCCUGGUGAUGUCUUCAGCCAAAUGAAGAUGAGCAUGCACACCGUUGUUAAUGCUCGUCACCGCAGGGAACUGGACACCAUGCAAAUCAAAGGGUCAGUUGUGUACCUUGAAAUUGACAAUCGCCAGUGCUACCAGCAGACCACUGAGUGUUUCCAGAGUGCCACAGAUGUGGCUGCAUUCCUGGGAGCAUUGGCUUCCAGUGGCCAUCUGAAAGUUCCCUACAUCAUAGAGGCCGUCACCAGUGAAAACGAGACUCAGCCAACCUCGGAAAUGUACCCAGUUUAUGUGGUGCUGGCAGGCUUGAUCCUCCUGGCCUUUAUCGGCGUGGGCAUGGUGGUCUCCCGUAAACGGCAGCGUGAACACGGACAGCUCUGGAUCCCAGAGGGAUUCAAAACAAGUGAUCCGAACAAAAAGAAGAGGAGAGAGCCGGUUGGGGAGGACUCUGUGGGACUAAAGCCACUGAAAAACUCCUUAGACAUGUCCUUGAUUGAUGACAACCAGAGCGAGUGGGAAGAAGACAUGGCAUCUGACACCAAACGCUUCAGGUUUGAGACAGCAAUGCUGGAUUUAAGUGACCAGACAGACCAUCGGCAAUGGACCCAGCAGCACCUGGAUGCAGCUGACCUUCGAAUUCCAUCUAUCGCGCCCACACCACCACAAGGCGAGAUUGAAAGUGACUGCAUUGAUGUCAAUGUCCGUGGGCCAGAUGGCUUUACCCCCCUGAUGAUUGCAUCCUGCAGUGGUGGAGGUCUUGAGAUGGGAAACAGCGAGGAAGAGGAGGAUGCCUCUGCAAACGUUAUAUCUGAAUUUUUAUAUCAGGGUGCUAAUCUGCACAAUCGGACAGAUCGCACAGGCGAGACUGCACUACAUCUUGCAGCUCGCUAUGCUCGUUCAGAUGCUGCAAAGCGCCUCUUGGAGGCUAGCGCAGAUGCCAACAUCCAGGACAACAUGGGUCGGACUCCGUUGCAUGCUGCUGUGGCUGCUGAUGCUCUGGGAGUUUUCCAGAUUCUGAUCCGGAAUCGGGCCACAGACCUGGAUGCACGCAUGUAUGACGGCACCACUCCAUUGAUCCUGGCAGCUAGACUAGCAGUAGAAGGCAUGGUGGAAGAGCUCAUUAACUGCCAUGCAGAUGUCAAUGCCAUUGAUGAUUCAGGCAAAUCAGCCCUACAUUGGGCAGCAGCAGUGAACAAUGUAGAUGCUGUCAUAGUUUUGCUGAAGAGUGGUGCCAAUAAAGACAUGCAAAAUAAUAAGGAGGAGACCCCCCUUUUCCUCGCUGCUAGAGAAGGAAGCUACGAGACUGCAAAGGUCCUGUUGGAACACUUUGCCAACCGAGAGAUCACUGACCACAUGGACCGAUUGCCACGGGACAUUGCACAGGAGCGCAUGCACCAUGACAUUGUUCAACUACUAGAUGAGCAUAGCUUGGGGAGGAGUCCAGCCAUACACAGUGGCCCCAUAAGUGCCACGCUCUCACCCCAGCUGUGCUCUCCAAACAGUUACCUUGGUAGUAUGAAACCUUCAGGUCAAAGCAAGAAGCUCCGAAAGCCCAAUGCUAAGGGAAUCUGCUGCAAAGAUGGUAAAGAUAUGAAGGUCAAGAAGAAGAAAAAUCAGGAUGGGAAGGGGAGCCUACUAGACAGCUCUGCUGUACUCUCACCUGUAGACUCCCUGGAUUCUCCACACGGGUACAUGUCAGAUUCAGCAUCCCCGUCCUUAAUAACAUCUCCCUUUCAACAGUCUCCUUCCAUGUCCCUCAACCACCUUCAGGGUAUGUCUGACACCCAUGUUGGGAUCAGUUCCUCAGGCAUAGUAGGCAAGCAGGAUCUGGGUGGAAUGCAGUUUGAUCAUGGGCCACCCCGUCUCUCCCAUCUCCCUGUGUCCAGCCCCAGCAGUUUAGUUUCAAUGACCCAAGGCAUGGGCAGACCUGGUGGGGUCAUGACCAGCCAGUGUGACUGGCUCUCUAGGAUGCAUACUGGCCUUGGUCAGCAAGGACUUUUUAAUCCCAUGAAUGGGGCAGGAGGGCUGCAGCAUGGUAUGUUGCCCUCCUUGCAAAAUGACAUGCCUGUCACCACCCUCUCUACAAUGAUAGGUUAUAGAGGCCUGCAGAGCAACCACCUCAACAUGCAAACACAUGUCAUCCAAGUGCAGCAGAUGCCACAGGUACAGCAAAACCAACAGCAGCAGAGCCUUCAAGUUCAGCACCAGAAUUCGAACACAGCCACCAAUGGCCCUGUCAUUAGCCAGAGUUUUAUAAGCAGUGACCUAAAUAGCUCUGAUGUACAGCCUGUGUCUGGCAGCAUAGCAGUUCACACCCUCCUGCCCCAGGAGACUCAUGUCCUUCCCUCACCACUUAGUCAGACAAUGGCUAGCACACAAUUUCUUACGCCACCUUCUCAGCACAGCUACACUGCCCCUUUGGACAAUACUCCCAGCCACCAGCUACAGGUGCCUGACCACCCUUUCCUGACACCCUCUCCAGGAUCCCCUGACCAGUGGUCAAGCUCUUCCCCACAUUCUAAUAUGUCUGACUGGUCAGAAGGGAUCUCCAGUCCUCCGACUAGCAUGCAGUCAAAAAUAGGACAUGUACCUGACCAAUUCAAAUAGAAUACGUACACUUGGUCAAGACAGGCCAUUUUAUAAUUCCAUGUUAUCUGUGAACUUCUCCAUUUACUAAAGACUAGAAUUCUACUUAGAGAAAUUGACAAAUUAGGACAAGGAAGCUUUGAAAGAAGAAUCAUUUUAUAAUAUUUUAUACUAACAAAAAGUUAUAGUAUUCAUUUUGUAUUUAUAAUUAUUAUUUAUACUUUUAUGUCUGCGAAAAGAAUAACAGAGGCCAGAAUGCUGCGCUCAGAAUGAAGAAGGAAAAAUGUGAAGAUAAAGCUUUAAAGUGUUCUUUUUUUGUUUGGUCUAUGGGAAAUUUCCUGAUGGAUGGGUAUUUAUUUCUUAUUUUUAAGUUAAAUUUUGUUGUAUAUUUUUCUAUAUUUUCUUUUAAAUAAGGCAAAAUGUAUUCCUUUGUGUAAUAUUUUUAAAUUAAAAACUGUACAGUUCCUAAGGUUUGAGUAUUUACAUUUAAUUUUCUUAAUUGUUUUUAGUGUUAAAUACAGGGUCGUUGCAUUAUUUUUGGAAACCAAAACAGACUAUUUGUAGGACUGACUUUUUUGUUAUGCAUACUGAAUCUUUAUUUUGAUGGUGUAGUACAAUUUUUUCUCAUGUUACUUCAGCUUUACUUCCAAAAAAAUAAUUCUGGAGCGACAGUUGACUCAGAGCCUCCCACCUGUAGAUGCAUUCAAGGACAGGAAGCCAGAGGCUGCUUGACAAAAUUUUUUUAUUUAGAGCACCUGUAACUGGUGUAUGUCAAAUAUGCUUAAUGUACAGAUUAUGAAUUAAGAAGGAUUUUGCUUUAGAAAUUGUCUUAAGCAUGUUAGAGAUGUUUAAAUAGGACUUUCAUUUGUGCAGAACAUGUCCUUUACUGAGGUUAAUUAAGAGCAUUACUGUCCCUUUGUAUUAGUUAUUUAUUAAUUGGUUUUUUUAAACUGAUUAGGACUGCUUGACUCU